AUGAGUACGUUUGUCGACUAUGAGCUCAGCGAUGCGAAGUGGUUCUCCUUCGAGGAAUUGAUGGCUCCGUGGACGAGCGACCCCCUUUUGGAGCCAGUACUUAGUCGGGCAAUCCAUUUCAAAAGGCGGGCUCAAAUUCAAUUCACUACAACGGGUUCCCGAUCACCCAGAUUGGAGGUACUACUGCAGCUAAUCAGGGAUGGUUCCACCAUCAGCGAGGAGCUUGAAGCGGCCGCCAUCAGCGUUAGACGCUCUUCCGAUCCGAAUAUGUCUUCACAUCAGCAACUGACAACAUUCAAUGGCAUGUUUGAAGUGUCCACCAAAACAACGGAGGCGAUAGUGAGAAGCCUAUACCGGACUGUCAGAUACCGUGUGGUCGAGUUGGUCCGUGGCCUUGUGGCUCGCAUAGGGGACGGAGAAGAUUACAGCGCUAGCUGCGAAUUCGACAGUCAGGUUUGCUCGUCAGAAGAGCUCGCUAUGAUCCUUGAACAGAUCCAUGGGGAUAUUUGCGCUGUUCUUGGCCUCGAUCCUGAGCACCAUGCUGGCGACGACAAUCAGGGAUUGGCUCAUCGAGUGUUUGGAAUGUUCUUCCCCAUAACAGUCCUGAUGUUCUCAUCGUCAGCUGGGGAAGAAAAACGAGUGUGGUUUCAAGAGAAACUACGAUGCAUGGGUGAGAAGACUGGACUGGGCCUGGCAACAUGGGCAGCACAAAAGUGGAAUAGCCACCUCUGUAUCCCAUGCUAA